CCGGCUCUCUCUUGGAUUGCAUACCACACAUUGGCGGACCAUUUCGCCGCAAACAGAACAGACAGCAUCAACAUGAAGGUCGCAGCAUCAGCGCUGCUUGUUGGCAGUGCCAUUGCCGCUGUUCCGCAACAACAGCAACCACUCCAGGCUCAGGAAGCCAUCCAACAUGCAUACAAGCUUGCCGAAGACAAAGUCAGCUCGUGGUCGAAGCCGAUGAAGAAGCUCCAGCACGAGCUUAAGCACCUCACCGAUGAAGCCCGGCAGGUCUGGGACGAGGUCGCCACUCUCUUCCCUGAGGCCAUGAGCCAAGCCUCGUUCUUCUCCUCGCCCAAGCCACACUCCCGCAAGCACGAGUCCGAGUGGGACUUCGUUACCAAGGGCAAGCAUGUUGAAGACAUGUUCUCCAUCAAUGCCCAGGGCGACAAGGAACGUGAGAUCGAUGGCCAUCUUGAGGCAUUCAACCUGCGCACCAAGAAGGUUGACCCAAAGAGCUUGGGAGUGGAUACCGUCAAGCAGUACUCUGGAUACUUGGACAACGAGGAGGAUGACAAGCAUCUUUUCUACUGGUUCUUCGAAUCACGCAACGACCCUAAGAAUGACCCUGUGCUCCUCUGGUUGAACGGUGGCCCAGGCUGCUCGUCGCUCACUGGUCUCUUCAUGGAGCUUGGGCCCUCUUUCAUCGACAAAGAUAGGAAACCAGUCUACAACCCAAGCAGCUGGAACGCCAACGCUUCUGUCAUUUUCCUGGAUCAGCCAGUCAAUGUUGGAUACUCCUACUCUGGCGGCUCUGUCAGCAACACUAUCGCUGCAGGCAAGGAUGUCUACGCCCUCCUGACUCUCUUCUUCAAGCAGUUCCCAGAGUACGCCAAGCAGCCAUUCCACAUUUCUGGAGAGUCAUAUGCCGGCCACUACAUUCCAGUGUUCGCAUCUGAGAUUUUAUCGCACAAGAACCGCAACAUCAACCUGCAAUCUGUCCUCAUUGGUAACGGGCUCACUGAUGGCCUUACCCAAUACGAGUACUACCGCCCAAUGGCUUGCGGUGAUGGUGGAUGGCCAGCUGUGCUUGACGAAUCGACUUGUUCCAGCAUGGAUAACGCUCUUCCCCGCUGCCAGAGCCUGAUCGAGAACUGCUACAACAGCGAAUCGGUCUGGUCCUGUGUGCCGGCCAGCAUUUACUGUAACAAUGCACUCAUUGGGCCAUACCAGCGCACCGGCAUGAACCCUUACGAUGUCCGUGAGAAGUGCAAGGGAAGCAGCUUAUGCUACGAAGAGCUUGACUGGAUCCAAGAGUACCUGAACAAGGAUGACGUGAUGAAGGCUUUGGGUGCUGAGGUCAGCAGCUACGACUCUUGCAACUUCGAUAUCAACCGCAACUUCCUCUUCAAUGGUGACUGGAUGCAGCCAUUCCACAGACUGGUUCCAGGUAUUCUUAAAGAAAUUCCAGUCCUUGUCUAUGCUGGUGAUGCUGACUUCAUCUGCAAUUGGCUCGGCAACCUCGCCUGGACGACCGCCCUCGAGUGGCCAGGCCAGAAGGCCUACGCCAAGGCUCCUCUUGAUGACCUCAAGCUUGCUGGCCACGGCGACAAGACUGGCUCAGUCAAGUCCGCCGGCAACUUUACCUUCAUUCGCAUUCACGCUGGCGGACACAUGGUGCCAUACAACCAGCCGGAGGCAUCCCUCGACUUUGUCAACAGGUGGAUCGGCGGCGAAUGGUGGGAGUGAAUGUGAUAUCGGAAAGCCUGUGACGAAUGCUUCAAAGAUUUGUCGGAAAGAGCAUGUUUGUCUCGGAUGGCCUUAGAUUGUGAUGACGAUUAAUGUCCAUACUUAUCUAUCAAAUUACCUAUGUGACUAUCAGCCC